AUGAAGAAAGAAAGAGCACAAGAAACAGUUCAAAAAAGAUUUGCACGGCACUUGUACUACACGGCGUGGCUGCUGGCCGAGGCCGGGUGCAACAUCGGCGGACUGGGCUACUCUGGUCUCGACAAGCACGGCCAUCACACCUGGCAUGGCGCUUCUAAUGUUGACAUCGUCGGCGUCGAGUUUGGCACGAGUUUGCGCGUUAUCUUGGACUCGUGGAACAGCAAAACCGUCAUCUGGCUGCGCUACGCCGCAUACGAGAGAUUGCCAUCCAAAUACCAGGUUGCAGGAACGUACACCCUGUCGUCGAUGUGGCACGGCUUCUACCCCGGCUACUACUGCACCUUCUUUACUGCCAACCUCAUGACCUUGGCCUCCAGAGCCGCACGUCGCAGUGUCCGGCCGCUGGUUGUGUUGCUGCAGGGCGGGGAGGAGGGCUGGGUCAUGACGAGCUACCACGUCGUGACGUGGUUCAUGGGCCGCCUCAUUCUCUCCUAUUGUGUCUUCAGCUUCGUCCUCCUUCGCUUCUGGCCUUCAGUCAACGUCUACUGGGAUUUGAUGUUCUACAUGCACAUCAUUGCGUUGCUGUGUAUCUACGUCUUGCCUGUUGUUCUUCCGCCACCAAAACGGUCCAAAGCUUCCGCCGGCGACCCUUCAAUCAACGGAGUCGCCAGCGACAGUAACGGCCACGCCUUUCGUGCAGAUAGAGAGCCCUCCAAUAACACCGCCACCACAGAGCGGGUUGAGGAUGCCACCAUGCGAGUGACCCCCAAAGCUUUUGAUAAGCAAGUCUGACAGGUUUGUCAGGACUGGUCCUUGACUUACUGACAAUGCAGACGCAGUUUGCAUGUUUCGUGAUUGUGUCCUUUUCGUGGGAACUCGCCGAUUAUUUUUCUGCUUUUUAACUAAGUGUUGUUUUUUUGUGUUGCACUGCGUCGUCAUUUUUAGUGACGACACAAGCGGUUUUGGUACCAUUUUUAAUUUAGAAGAAACUUCCAUCUCCAUCGUUCCUUUCUCAUUUUGGUAAUGAAAAAUGUCGAGGUUGACAAGAUUUACACUAGAACCCUAUUUUUAGUUCUUGACUAACAGAUUAUUUGGGCAGAGCUUUUCUGUUUACUGAAUUUUUAACAACCAGCACAAAUCACGUUGUGCUAUUUCCAGAAUAAUCCCAAAAAUUACCUAUAGAUCUCUUCCUAGAGGCGAGAUUGUCUUGCGAUUUGGAAUAAAUUACAGCGUUCAUUUCUUGUACAGGGAAAGUUUAAAGAUUUAAUUGCAAAAUAAUAGUACUUGAUACACGACAUGAACAUUGACGAUUCAUAAAGCUGUUUAAAUAAUGGUGUAGUUGAAAAUCUUUUGAGUGCGUACUGCGUAACUAUGUCGAUGCGUCUGAGCUUUCUUAAUAAGAAAUACAAAUACAUGUGAAGGUUGUAGUAAUUUCCGAUGGAAUUUUCAUCUUAUUGAGGUUCGCAAACUUUGUUUGGACCGCUAAAGGGGGGAAUCUGUGCUACGCGCAUAACUUCAUUAUUUGGACAAUGCGACCCAUACAUUUUUGACUUUAUACCCUUUUGUUUAUGAAUGCAAUGACGGUUUUAAAUGCUUUUCGUAGAUUAUGAUGAAUAAUUAUGUACGAUUUAUUAGAGGAGACUUCGUGUCAAUGUUCUUCCAGGGUGCUCGUGUUAACUAAAAUACUUAAAUGAUUAUUUUGUAAGAAAGUACACUUAUGAAAUGAAUUAAUACUAUUUUGAUGAGUGACUUUAAAUGCUCUGAUAAUGUUGAUUAAUCAAAUCGUCUUCUUAAUCGAUGUCGACAGCCAGCAAGCGUUGUCUACGAGCUACAAAUUACGGUAUCAGCUUCUAUCCUUGAACACUAUUUUUGUUGAGUGAACACUAGAUAUUUAGAUGGCUCGUUUUGUUACCUGAAAAAUCUAUUUAUAAUGAACUAUUUUUAGAUGCUAUUCAUUGAAAUAUUUUCUCUUACAACGCGUACUAAUAUUCCGUGAAAUAUAAGACGAGCUUCCAUUAUGUAUACGUUGACAUGACACGUCAACGAGCCGCGAGGAAUUAUUUUUACAAGUCUAGAGUUUUGAUCGUCGGUAAUCCUAAAGUGUAAUCUUGCCAGCCGCUGGAACCUAUUUUUCAACCGACUCGCUCACAUAUACAUAGAAGUGAUGUAUUUUGAAGCGGCAAUCAAAUAUCAUUCAAAUAAAAUACUUGUAUUUUA